GUCUGCGAACAAAGAAGCUGGCACGGAGGAAGUCAGAGAAGUGACGACACUAGGGGACUGAAAAUGUGCAUCCUCCAGACCAACCUGGGAAGAUCAAAGCGAGCGCAAGACCUACUCUACCAAACCAUUCGGGAGAGCACGGUCGCCCUAGCGGUGGCGGCAGAACCAUACAGAGUUCUGGAUACUCCAGAAUGGGUCGGAGAUACGGACAAAAUGGUUGCUGUCACCUGGACAUCAACGCUUGGCGACUACGUCAGGCGACGACUUCCCCGGCAAGUGCUCGUCCUGGGAGACUUCAACGCGCACUCCACGGAAUGGGAGAACGCCAGGACCAACGACGCGCUGUCAAACUGGGCCGCGGGACUUGGACUUCUGUUGGUGAACAGGGGCUCGACCAGUACCUGCGUGGCGUGGAGAGGGAGCUCCAUCGUCGACAUCACAUGGGCCUCCCCCGAUGCACUCUGGCGGAUCUCAGACUGAAGA